CACGUUUACGGGCAGGGUCGGUUGGAACUGUGGACCGUGUGGCUCAGGUACACACGCUGAAAUGUUGUCCAACAGAGGGACAGUCAGCAGGAAUAAGUCCACGUGUCGGUCAGAUUAGAAAAGGGCGGACAGAGCGUCCCUUUACCGGCUCAUUGAUUUGAAGGGGGAUGAAUGCUGACACAUCCACGCAGUCAGCGAAGGCGCGCGGUGGACGGCUCGGAGCGCGGGCAGAGUGAUGCGUUUGUGGGACGGGGGGGCACUUGUACUUUCUACUGUGGACGCUCAGGGCGGCAGCAGCGUGGGAGCUGAACACCUGGACCGCAUUCGGAUAAUAUGUCUCUGCUGAAACAGCGGGGGAGAGAGCUCGAGCGGUUCGACGGACUGUCGCUCAUUUACUGGACACUAAUGGGUCCAUACGGAGUAGACAGAGCUGUUCAUUCCAUGGAGUUUACAGACUGUGAGAAUGGCCUGGGGAUUAAAGUGAUUGGUGGAGUGAAGGAGCUCACCGGAGAGGAGUUUGGAGUCUACGUCAAACGGAUUUUACCAGGUGGCCUUGCAUCAAAUGACGGAAACCUGAUGCCAGGGGACCAGAUCCUGGAGGUAAACGGGGACAGUCUAGUGGGAGUCACAAGUGAAAGAGCUGUGGACAUCCUGAGAGCCGCCUCUGCCACCAAUCUCAUGCGCCUUCUCAUAGCCAGAGACGAGGAGGCGAAGAAAGAAUUUGCAGAGUUGCUGGAGAAGUAUGGAUCUAAUGGUAGCACAGGAUCAACGCGCAACUCUCCCAUACAGCAAGGAGGCCGCUACCUGGAAAGUACAUCAUCUGGUUCGUCGUCUCGCUCCCAGAGUCCUUUGCUGUUGAGCCCAGCGGGCUCUCAGAACAUGUACAACAAUAGCGGGCCCAUGCUGCGCUCCCUCAGUCAUCCAGGGGAAGGAGUGAUUCAGCUCAUUUCAGUGCCCAGGUCCAGCGGUCUGGGCAUCACCUUAGGAGGAGGCUCCAACAGGCCCGACGGCCCCGCGGUCUUCAUCCAGGAAGUGCUGUCUGGAGGAGACUGUCACCGGGAUGGACGUCUGAGGCCCGGAGAUCAGCUCAUUGCUGUUAACAAGGAGUCCUUGAUCGGUGUGACCCACGAGGAGGCCAAAAGCAUGCUGAACAAAGUCAAAAGCAGCCAAGACAGUGCUGUGGAGAUAGCCUUCAUCCCAGGGAAAGGGCUGUUCCCAAGCAGCACAUCUCUCCACAACGGGGUCCAGCGAGCCACAGGCAACAGCUCCGGGCGCUUAAAAGUCCACAUCAGAUCACCUGAGAUGUGUGCAGAGGAGCCAGCCCCAGUGUCCUCACCUUCUCCUGACAUCUGCCCACCAGACAUCCAUAUUUCAGGUUCAACCAGCCAGAGGUCGCCAACGGGGGCCAAACCUAAGAUAACGCUGGACCCCUACAUUCGCCUCAAAUCAGACAAGUUAGAUUUGGCUUUGUCCUAUCUCGGGUUGGAUGUCACAGAAGAGAAGAGGAAGAAGUUGAGAGAGAGUCUGACAAUAGACCCACAAGGCACUGUGGCUUAUGGAGACCUAGUGGAGGCCACCCGGAACAUUUUCCAGGAGAACCUGGAGGAGCUGGGUUUAGGGGCGGGUCCCUUCAUGUUUUCCUAUCACGAAGCAGCUAGUUUGAUGGACACGUCCGCCUUCCACUCCCCCACAUAUGAGUCGGAGUGCAGCUACAGCAGUGAGGAGAUGGAGCAGUUCCAGACGGAGGUGAAGCAGCUGCAAACCCAGAUGAAGCAGCUCAAGGUGAUGCUGAAGGACAUGGAGCACAGCAAGAAAAGCCUGGAGGAGGAGUUGCAGAGGACCUCCGAGAAAGCAUGUCUGACUGUGGAGGAGAACGCCCUUCUGAAGAGCCGUCUGCAGGCAUCCGUGGCGGAGGCCGGGCCUGGGAUGUCUGGGGCCGGGGCUGGGGUGGCUGGGGCCGGGACCAGGGUGGCUGGAGCCGGGGCCGGGGCUGCGGGGGCCGGGGCUGCGGGGGCCGGGGCUGCAGGGGCCGGGGCUGCGGGGGCCGGGGCUGCGGGGGCCGGGGCUGGGCAGCGGCUGGCCAGCAGUGCAGAGCAGGACUACGAGGAGGUGAUCCAGCUGCUGGAGGCUGAGAUCAGGGACCUGAAGAACCAGCUGGCCAGCAAGAGGCAAGCACGAGGACUAGAGGCCACAAGGGAGGAAGUGCUGGAUCUGAACAGAAGGCUGACGACCGUCGACUGCCAGCUAAGGAAGUCGGAGCAGAGCAGGAGACACCUGGUGAUCUCCAACAGGAAGCUGCUGGGCUUUGCACAGAAUGUCCACAAAGUGCUGACGACACCCAGCCUGUUUGACGGCGGGAGCAGCAGGUCGUCCCCGGGCACUGACAGCCCCGACACCCCGUCCCCCCUCCCUGACCCCGCCUUCCAGCUGGCUGUGGAGGCCAAAGAGCUGGUGGCAGGAGCCUGCUCCCCCCCCGCUGAUGACAACGUGUCAGUGAGUGCGUUGGAGGCAGCGCUGGGCCCAGAUGUCGAGCCUCAUCAUAUGUGAGCAGAGCGGGCCGAGAGAGAAUCGGGGCAGGCUGGAGGAGCAGCUGAGCCCACCAUGGACCACACCACAAUACAGACUGGACCCCAUCCAAUACACUUCCUCAAAAUAAGAACUUCCAUACAUUCACGUCGUCAGUUCAGUGACAGCUUGAACACAACACAGUCGAUGUUUUAAUGCCAAAGCUUGCUUACACGCAUCAAAUUAGUGUCUUCUUUUGAAUUAUUCCACAGUCUUUAUGGAGGGCUCAGCGGCGGGGGGGGGGGGUUGCACUAAGCCUGGACCCGUGGACUCUUGCCGGUCACCCAUCAGUACACAUGUCUUUGGGAGAAGUUCUCUGCCAAAUC